AACGUCAAAGUCAAAAGUCACCUUGGUUGCUUGAUUUGUUAUGAUAUUGAAAUUUAAAAUAUUUUAAGAACUAUUUAUAUAUUUAUAACUAUUUAGCAAAAAUGCGGAGCCGUAGUAAUUCAGGGGUACGUUUAGAUUACUACCAACGAUUAGUUCACAAGGUAAUUAUGGAACAUCAACAUCCCGUCACUGGGUUAUUUCCAGCAAGUCAAGAAAAUAGCCAUGCUUGGAUUAGGGAUAAUGUCUAUUGCGUGCUAUCAGUUUGGGGCCUAUCCAUGGCUUACAAGAAAAUCGCCGACCAAGAUGAAGACCGAGCUAAAACUUACGAACUUGAACAAUCUUGUGUAAAAUUAAUGAGAGGUUUACUGAUGUCUAUGAUGCAGCAGAAAGAAAAAGUAGAAAGAUUCAAACAAACCCAAAAUCCUCUUGAUUCCUUACAUGCUAAAUACUCUUCGCUUACUGGUCAGAUAGUAGUAGGAGAUAGCGAAUGGGGCCAUUUACAAAUAGAUGCAAUUUCAUUAUACAUACUUCUUUUAGCACAAAUGACAGCUUCAGGUUUACAAAUAGUAUUCAACUUAGAUGAGGUAGCUUUCAUUCAAAAUUUAGUAUUUUAUAUUGAAUGUGCUUAUUGUACACCAGACUAUGGUAUUUGGGAAAGGGGAGAUAAAACAAAUCAUGGUUUACCAGAAUUAAAUGCAAGUUCUAUUGGUAUGGCUAAAGCAGCCCUUGAAGCCAUGAACGAGUUGGAUUUGUUUGGGGCUAGAGGAGGACCUUACAGCGUGAUCCAUGUUUUGGCUGAUGAAGCACAAAAAUGUCAGGCAGUUUUACAGUCAAUGUUACCAAGAGAAUCUAGUUCAAAAGAAAUUGACAGCGGUUUGUUAUCUGUAAUAAGCUUUCCAGCUUUUGCAGUAGAUGAUCCUGGGCUUAUUAAAUAUACAAGAGAAUGUAUUAUUGAUAAAUUACAAGGAAGUUAUGGGUUUAGAAGAUUUUUGCGAGAUGGAUACAGAACACCUAAAGAAGACCCUACCAGACUGUAUUAUGAACCUUGGGAACUCAGAAUGUUUGAGAAUAUAGAGUGUGAAUGGCCUUUGUUUUUUUGCUAUAUGAUUUUGGACAACUGCUUCAGGGGCAACAAAGAAAUUGCAGCUCAAUAUACCAAACAACUUGAAGAAAUUAUGAUACGUACUGAAGAUGGUUUAAAAUUAGUACCUGAACUCUACUCUGUACCAGCAGAAUUUGUAGGGGCUGAAUAUAAAGACCCAGGAAGCCAAAAAAGAAUUCCAUUAGGUCACUGUCCUCAUCUUUGGUCUCAGUCUUUAUAUAUUGUGGGAAAACUACUUCAAGAAGGUUUCUUGGCUCCAGGUGAACUGGACCCCUUAAACAGAAGGCUAGGCUCUGAAAAGAAGCCUGAUGUAGUGGUUCAAGUGGUAAUUUUAGCAGAGGAUGUCGAAAUUAAGGAUAGAUUGGCUGAGCAUGACAUCAAGGUACAGACAAUUUCUGAAGCAGCACCUAUUGAAGUCCAGCCUGCAAGAGUUUUGUCACAUUUAUAUACUUAUUUAGGUCGUAAUAAAAAACUUGGCCUAUCUGGAAGAAAAUCAAGAGAUGUUGGAAUUCUUUCUACCAGUAAAUUAUAUUCUUUGGGAGACAAAAUUUUCGCUUUUACACCCCAGAAUUUCGAUCCGGAAGAAUACUACACGAGCUAUGACAUAGCCCUGUUGGCCGAUAAGGUCAGGGCCCAUUUGGCGUUCUUAACUAUGAGUUGGAGAAAUAUGCUCGGCAGACCUACCAUUUCGGUUGUGAUUACCAAAAGUCAUUUAGAGGAUGGAAAAUUGCCCUUAGCAAUGAUUACAACAAUGAAAAAGCUUAAAUCUGGUUAUAUAAACGGCACUAGAGUUACACUGGGAAAUCUCAACGAUUUUUUGAGCACCAGUUGUAUAACAAACCUGAGCUUUUUGGGUUGUCAUGAAGAUGGACUUCCCGAUAAGUUGCAUCCGCAAGUCCAACAAUACAUGGAGGAGCAUUCAGUCAAAUCUUUAUCCACCAAAUAUUCACUGUUAACGGUAAAUCGCGUUGCGCCUAAAAACAGGCAUCUAAUUCGAAAAAUGUCCGUCAGAGGUGCUGUUAAAAAAACUAGAUCUAUCAACGUUGAUUCCGAAACUUUGGGAAUGGAAGGAAACAUCGGCAGUCCUUUAGAUAGAAGAGGUUCGUUAUAUUUUUCCCCAUCUUCGUUAGAUGUAUUGGAUAGUGCCAAAGAGCAACCAGCAAAAUUACCCUCGCCAGAAAAGCGACUUAAACCUGUGGUUAAUAUUUCUAGACACAGGAAUAUAUCUGAAACGCAAUAUGCAGACACGGAGGUAGACGAACUAUUCGCAAUGUUGAGAGAAUCCGAAUCGCUGGACGAACAGGGCGACAUUUUACAAUACCUGGUAGUCACCAAAGGUUUAGACUUUAAUACCGGCAUGCUGGAAUUCGGCAGAGUCGUUACGGUAAAAGAUUUGCUGAAAGGUCUAUAUGAAAAAGCUUGCCAUCAAAAAAUGUGGGGCCUGGUCAGACACACUGCGGGUAUGCUGGGAAAAAGAGUGGAAGACUUGGCUAAAUCUGUGACGGAUUUGUUAGUAAGGCAGAAACAGAUUACUGUAGGCAUGCCUCCUAACAAUGAGCAUACAAUUACUGCUCCUUUGCCCGAAAACGACCUAAGAUUGUUGAUACAUGAGGCGUAUGGAGAAGACGAUAGUACAGCCAUGUUGACUCAAGAACUGUUAUCCUACUUAGCGAUGUUCAUCAGAACCGAGCCUCAGCUGUUUUUGGAAAUGUUAAGAUUGAGAGUUGGCCUUAUAAUUCAGGUUAUGGCUACAGAACUGUCAAGAACUCUUAUUUGUGAUGGAGACGAAGCUUCUGAACACCUUUUAAAUUUGAGCCCUUUUGAAAUGAAAAAUUUGUUACAUCACAUUAUCAGUGGCAAAGAAUUCGCCAUUAGUAGCGUUGGUCGAGGCAACUUUUCAAUAGUUACCAACAAAUCCAGUCGUAUAAGUAAGAAAAGCCAUAUUAGCUUGACUGCCGAAUUACUAGAUGAGACUGUGGAACCUGAUCGUCAAGGACAGUGGUUAAGAAGGAGACGACUAGAUGGCGCUCUAAAUAGAGUUCCUGGAGAUUUCUAUUCUAGAGUUUGGAGUAUAUUAGAAAAGUGCCACGGUUUGGAUAUUGCCGGAAAAGUUCUACCACAAACGUUGACUCAGGAGAUGACGCCUGGGGAAUUAAAAUUCGCUCUGGCUGUUGAAACGGUUCUUAAUACUAUACCACAACCGGAGUAUAGACAGUUAAUAGUAGAAGCGUUAAUGGUAUUAACUUUGGUGUCCGAAUACAACAUUGUACCUUCGCUAGGAGGCAUCAUACAAGUGGAAUAUUUGGUGCACAUCGCGAACGAGCUAUUUUUAGAUGAUCAGAUGAAAUGUGACGGCGACGCCACUUUAUGUUGCGCCAAACCAAAGGAACUUCGGGAGAUGUCGAGGACCGGUGGACUAUUAUGUGGCGGCGCCGCUUACAUCUGCCAACACUUCUACGACAGCGCUCCUAGCGGCUGUUACGGAACUAUGACUUACAUGACGCGAGCCGUUGCCGUCACUUUGGAGGGUUUGCCUAAACACGGCGAACUAGACUGCAGCAUUAGUUAAAUUAUGUUGACUUGGCAUAAUAGACUCGGAGAUGGCUAUUUAUGGGCAGAAUUGGUAGGUUAUUAAUAACUAUUAAUUAAUGACCUAUUAUUUUGCAUCCUUUCUUCAAAAGAGACCCAACUCGAAAUUAACACCUUCUGAUUUAAUACCAUAAAUGUGAUUUGUAAACAAUUUUGAUGAUCAACGAUUGUUUGCCCACAUUCAUGGUAUUAACUUAAAAGAUGUUAAUUUUGAGUUGUGUCACUUUUGAAGCAAAGGUGCGAUUUAUAUUCAAUUCAGCCUAAAAUACUGCCUUGGGCUUUUUUUAGUGGUCGGCUUUUAGACUAUACAUUAUUAUACAAGAAUUUAAGUGCCAAAUGAGUUUUAGAAAAUAAAAAGUGAUGUAUUAAGUUAAUAGAUAUUUUCUGUACUAGCGAAAUAUUAAAAUUUUAAUGUUGUUAUAAUGUCAAAUAUAUUUUAUGAAGAUAUAAAGUGUAUUUCAGCCAUUAAAUAUUUCUUCUGAUUUUUCGCACCCACACCUCUAAAGAUGAAAGUUAUUUUUGUUUCGUUCAAUGAUAGAUAGUAUUAGUAUGAAUGUUUACAUUUUAUUGAAAUGUACAAAAGUUAUUCAUUUUGAAAAGCACAAGUAAAGAAAAAAGAAAACGUGAAGUGAAAUAUGACAAUUUACAAACUAAAAAUUCUUUAGCAAAAGAAUACCCAAAUAAUGCACAAAUUUUAAAUGUUUACACUGGCACCAACAUAGCUUUCCUAAACAAAAUUAAUUCAAAUUGUUUCUUUAGAUGAACUCCAUGAACAAAAAUUGCAGUUUCAUUGUAAAAAUAUAAAUCUAACAAUCCUGUCAAUAUAUUUUAAUAAUAAGUCUUGUGUAUGACAAAGAAAAAGGAUAUAUAGAAUAAGUGACAUACGUCUUUGGAUGAUAGGUGACAUAUAGAUAGACAAAGACCUCCUAAGGGUAUGGUUCGAGAGGGUUACUAUAAAAUAUUAAUGCGAAUACGUAGUUUUCCUAUAUUAACGGACUACUAACCAGUAUUUUUUGCCUUAAGCCUAGUACUCAUACUUAUUAUGAGUUAUUUGUUAUAUAAAUUAUUUGGAAUGAGGUAUUUUAAUUAACUUAAAAUAAUGAAAAAAUUAGGUUAAAUAUUUAACAUGCCUUAAAUGUAAUUUGCGAAUGACUGUUCUAAAUAAAUUCAAAAACCAGUAGACGCCAUUUUCUUACGAAUACUUUCAACUUUCUGCGAUAACCGCAAAUAUUUUAAUUUUGGCGAAUUUGAUAUAAUUAUCUCUCAUUUAAUAUAUCUUCCUUAAACCUUUAUUUUCUUUGUUUUUUUAGGUGAUUUCUUGGGGGAAUAAGGUUGUGUAAUUAAAAUUUAAAAUGUGUUUGUUGUCACAGCCUUUUGCGAUGGUUAAGUUUUUAUAGUUACAUGAAACCCCCAAAACAAAUAAAUAACAAAAAUGUAAUGAUAGAUAAAGAAAAAAAAUAUAUUGAAACGAAAACUUUAAAUUAAUAAAAAAUAAUAACUGCAACUGCAAAAGGCCGUCCAAUUUUAGACCAAAAGUUAGGAGAAUACAAACAAAUUUUAAUUAUAAUAAUCAAAAAAUUAGAAAUCAUUACAAUCCUCACUUAUAUGUUCUGAAUCCUUCUAAAUGUCAACUAUUAACCAUUGAAGUAUGUCAUUUUCUUCACAAAAUGCUCUCUAUAAAAAGAACGUCAUCUCAUUACUUUUUCUACUCCAUUUUUUUUUUUUGACAGAUUCAAUAAAACACGAAAAUUCUGAAAAAGUUAAUUAUGAUUGAUAUUUUUUCGCACAUUUGAAAAUAGGGCAUUUUUAUCAUUGCUUGUCUUAUCAAAUUUAAACUAUAUUGUUUUGGUACAUUUAUUGGGUUUAAUUUUUAGUUUUGAUUAUAAAUUUGUGAUAAAAAUACUGCAUUACCAUAGGGCAGGUAAUUGAGAUUAAAUACAUGCAAUGAAAAUACUUUUUUUUUUCAUAAAAUAUAAAAAUGAUUAAACAAAUAAUGGUACAAAAGUCCAUACAUAAUAUUAAUACAUUUUUUUACACUUUCUAUCCAUUAUAGUCCGUCUUUAUGAUUUAGAAAGCCCUUUUAACAUGAAUAUACAUAUGUAUUAACUUUUUUAUAUCAUGUGAAAAUAGGGUCCUUAAUAUUAGAAACAAACAACAAAAUAUUAUGUAUGGACACACUUAACUAAUUACAAUUAAUUAAAUAAUUUUUUAAAAUAAUUUACAGUUGGGUGAUUUUUAAGACUAGAAAAUUUCAAUGAAUUGGUGUUAUUUUCUGUUCUUCAGGGCGUUUGCUAACCACUCCAUUGCCAUAUCUAAACCCUCGCCUUUGAUAGCAGACGUUUUGAAUAUUUGAAAAGUCCUAUUUUUCAGUGCUUCAAGCCCUAAAGCUUGAUGGACUUCUUUAAGAGACAUACACCCUGGUAUAUCUUGUUUGUUGGCCAAAACUACCAAAAUGGCUUCAGAUAGUUCUUCUUC